AAAGUUCUUUGUGUUUUAGGAAUGAAACAGUAUUUACUUGCAUUUAUGUCACCUGAAAUGAAUGGAACCAUAUUGGAUGACAUAAAAUUCAUCCUGUACUUAAUCUACCUCUUCCUAAUGUUAAUAGGAAUAUUGGGCAAUUCACCCAACAUAGGUUAUUGGUGCAAAAAUCAUGUUUGUGAUUCGAUUGUGAACACUAAUUUUCAAGAUGGUACUGAAGAAAGAAACUUCUAUAACAUAUCAAGCAUAACUCAAUUCUGGAAGUUCGCAGAAACUGUAAUGAUCGACAAUAUAUACGGGAAAUCCGAAAACGAUACACAUCAAACAUUAGUGUUGCAAGAUAGUAAGCUAGUUAGAGUACCACGCCUACGACAGGUGAGAGUGAGAAAAGAUUCGUGCGUAGUAAAUCAAUCAUCAUGUUAUGAAUUAUAUUCACGUUGGUACGAAGAUACAAAACCAUUUGGGCCAGGAAAUGGAACAGCGUGGACUUAUUCCACUGCAGAAGAACUGGGUGGUUCCAGUCAUUGGGGAAGAUGGUCAACGUAUGGUGGCGGAGGAUAUUAUGAAGAUCUGUCACUCAACCGUAGCGAAGCCAUUGAGAAAUUGCUUAUCUUGAAGAAUAAUCAUUGGAUUACAGGAAGAACAAGAGCCAUUUUCCUUGACUUAAUUGUCUAUAAUUCAAAUGUCGAUGCAAUCUUCACUGUGAAAUUAAUAUUGGGAAGCCUGAGUAGAAGAGACCGCUGGGAAGACCUAGAUGUAGAUGCGAGGAUAAUGUCAGGCAGGAUCCAUGGGUGAUAGGAAUUGAAGGAG